UAGCGCGUAGUACUAAUAAUAUAAUAUAAUAUUAUAUUCGCUUUCAAACGUAGCUACUGAUCGUUCGCUCGUCGCUCGUGACGUGCAGCUCCCGACGACUACCGCUCCGAUUAGCACGCGAUAAAAUGUUAAAAACGACAAACAGGACUCGAGGACGGUCUGUCAGUUAUUAGUCAUUUACUACUUACUCAAAAAUACUCGAUCGACGAAUUCGCGAAGUGAAUACGAUAAUUUGUUAAUAUUAUUUCAAACGUCGAACUAUUAUAAUAAUACAUCGUAUGCGUAGGAGUGUAGGACGAUCGACAGACCGAUGGAAAAAUUAUACAUACUUCGUCUUUUUACGGUUUGACACGCAAACGAUUUGGUGAAUGGUGACGUUCGUUGUUUUGAGUGUGAAUAUUUUUUUUUCAAUUAUAUUACAAUUUGUAAAAUUAAAUAUUGCCGAUCGUCGGUGGAACUGAAAAUAUAAAAUAAAAUUACAAGGCGAAAAAAAUAAUCUUCUUUUGUGCGGUCGGGAAAUGCACGGACACAACCUUGGCGCCACUGUAGGCAACUCGCACUCGCACACACACGCGAUAAAACUGGGCGUGUGUGCGUGAAUGCGAACGCGAUUGUUGUGAGUGUGUGCGUAAUCGUCGUUUCAUUGUGCUGUGCUGCUGCUGGUGCUGGUGCUGGUGCUGCUGCUGCUGCUGCUUUUCCUGUCGUCGUUGUUGUCGCUGUAAGUCUCAUAUGUUUACAAUCUGAUCGAUAUCAAAUUUCCAUAUAAUUUAUCAACCCCCGGCGAACGGUACGUCAACGCCGUGUCGAUAUGUCCUUAACUGCCUACACCGCCAGUGACCGGUCAUAGCGAUCGUCCGUAUGCGCACAGUGGUUGCCCUACAGUUGGCCAUUCAACAACAAUGCGCGAGUUCAAAGUGGUCGUGCUGGGCUCGGGCGGCGUGGGCAAGAGUGCUUUGACCGUGCAAUUUGUGUCUGGCCGGUUCAUGGAGAAGUACGACCCAACUAUAGAGGACUUCUACAGGAAGGAGAUUGAAGUCGACAGUUCACCUUGCGUAUUAGAAAUACUAGACACAGCCGGCACCGAACAGUUUGCCAGUAUGCGCGACUUGUACAUAAAGAACGGACAGGGUUUUGUUGUCGUGUACAGCCUGACUAACCAUCAGACCUUCCAGGACAUAAAACCCAUGAAGGAGCUCAUCACUAGGGUGAAAGGGUCAGAGCGGGUGCCCAUAUUGCUGGUGGCAAACAAAAUCGAUUUGGAACAUCAACGCGAGGUUCCAACGAUUGAGGGAAACACUCUGGCCCAGAUCUGGGGCUGUCCGUUUGUCGAGGCAAGUGCCAAGAACCGUACCAAUGUCAAUGAAGUAUUUGCAGAGAUUGUGCGUGAAAUGAAUUUCAGCAAUGACAAAGAGAAGAAGAGUUAUUGUUGCUGUACAGUUCUAUAAGCCAUAUUAUUUAGAAUUUUGUGUUUUGUGUGCAUCAAUCAAUGUCAAAUGUUGCUGGUGAUUUCAAUUUUUAUCAGAAAUACGUCAAAAUUCAUAUUCAAUAGUAUUGGUGUCAGAAACUGUUCUCACUACAAUUAUUUACAUAUCCAGCUUUAAAAAGGGUACGUUUUCUAAAGACUGUCGACGAUAUUGAUAAUAUACAUAAUAAUACAAAUUAUUAACAAACAGAUUUUUUUAUAAAUCCACCUAUCGCAUGUGGCACACUACUGUAAGUGCCAUUUAAUGUUAAAAUAUUAUAUAAAGAUAGAAUAUGUUUUUUUUAAUUUAAUUUUAUUAUUUAACUAGUGUUAAAUAUUUUUUCUGUAAUGUAUACAUUUUUUUUUUGUUAUAUCGAAAUGCAGGUUUAUUGAUACAAAAUGUUUAAGGCAGGAAUGAGAUAAUAACUUAUAUUAUAGCGUGUAUUCCUAUAUUAUGAAAUAUAAAAGGGAAUAGGCGGAAUAAUAAUAAUAAUAACGGCCUAAUUAUUGUAUAUUGUUUUUAAAACUUAUUAUUUUGUAACACAUAUUUUUUAUACUUUUUAUACUUAAAGAAAAAAAAUAUAUACAAAAAUAUAAUAGUCAAUGGAACAAUUUUAGAUUAAGAGAUAACGGAGUUGGAGUGUAUUCAUCCGUGUAAAUAAUAACUUAUGGAUCUAGGCAUUUUUAACAAUUUGUCUUGUUUUCGAUUGAUAAUAUAUUUUUUUUUAGCGCA